CUUUUUUUGCACCAUGGUUCCUCGGAUCGGGGCGCUGCUCUGGGCUCUGCUGGGGCUGGGGCUGGGCGCCCGGGCGGCGGACGGCAAAGCGCGGAGCUGCGGCGAGGUGAGGCAGGCGUACGGCGCCAAGGGCUUCAGCCUGGCCAACGUCCCCUUCCAGGAGAUCGCAGGGGAACAUUUGAGAAUUUGCCGUCAGGAAUAUACAUGCUGCACGUCAGAAAUGGAAGACAAGCUGAGCCAGCAAAGCAAACUGGAAUUUGAGAACUUUGUGGAGGAGAUGAGUCACUUUGUGCGUACAACCUUUGUGUCCAGGCACAAGAAAUUCGAUGAAUUUUUCCGAGAACUCUUGGAGAAUGCGGAAAGAUCCUUAAACGAUAUGUUUGUACGGACUUAUGGGAUGCUGUACAUGCAGAAUUCAGAAGUAUUCCAGGAACUCUUUAUAGAACUGAAAAGGUAUUACACAGGAGGCAACGUGAACUUGGAGGAAAUGCUGAACGACUUCUGGGCUCGGCUAUUAGAGCGAAUGUUCCAGCUCAUAAACCCCCAGUAUCAUUUCUCUGAGGACUAUCUGGAGUGUGUAAGCAAAUACACAGACCAGCUCAAGCCUUUUGGAGAUGUACCCAGGAAACUGAAGGUUCAAGUGACAAGAGCUUUCAUCGCUGCGAGGACCUUUGUUCAGGGGCUGACUGUGGGCAGAGAAGUUGCUAACAGGGUAUCCAAGGUCAGCCCUACCCCAGGAUGCAUCCGUGCAUUAACGAAGAUGUUGUACUGCCCUUACUGCCGAGGACUGCCCACUGUGAAACCUUGCGACAACUACUGCCUCAACGUAAUGAAGGGCUGCCUGGCGAACCAAGCUGAUUUGGAUACCGAAUGGAAUCUCUUUAUAGAUGCUAUGCUUUUGGUAGCGGAGAGAUUAGAGGGACCAUUCAACAUCGAAUCUGUUAUGGAUCCUAUUGAUGUCAAAAUUUCCGAAGCCAUCAUGAACAUGCAAGAAAACAGUAUGCAAGUGUCAGCAAAGGUCUUUCAAGGCUGUGGACAACCUAAACCAGCUCCAGGAUUAAGAUCUUCCCGCUCUGUUCCUGAUAACUUCAAUCCCCGUUUCCGGCCCUACAAUCCUGAGGAGAGGCCAACCACAGCUGCUGGUACGAGCUUGGAUAGACUGAGGACUAUCUGGAGGACAAUGCAACACGCUGUGAUUGACAUUAAAGAAAAACUGAAGCUUUCAAAAAAGUUCUGGUCUGCACUACCCUACACUAUCUGCAAAAAGGAAAGUGUGACCGCUGGCCCGUCAAAUGAGGAUGACUGCUGGAAUAGUCACACCAAAGCUAGAUAUCUGCCAGAAAUUAUGAAUGAUGGACUCAUCAACCAGAUCAACAAUCCUGAGGUCGACGUGGAUAUCACCAGGCCCGAUACCUACAUCCGGCAACAAAUCAUGGCUCUGAGAGUCAUGACUAACAAACUCAGGAAUGCGUACAACGGGAAUGAUGUGAACUUCCAGGACACAAGCGAAGAAACCAGUGGCUCAGGAAGCGGAAGCGGUUGCACCGAUGACAUUUGUCCCACGGAGUUUGAAUUCAUCACCACAGAAGCACCCCUCGUUGACUCAGACAGAAGAGAAGUAGACUCUUCGGCGAGCCGAUCUAGCCGUCCAGCUUUCACAUGGUUCGUCAUCUGCUUGGCCCUUCUACUGCAAAGACAGUGCAGAUAA